AUGCAGCAGCCGCACAUGGAGGCGGACAGCGCGGACUCCCGCAAACGGCCCCUGGAAACUCCGGCGGAGGAGGCCGGCUGUACCAAACGCACCAACACUGGAGAGGAGGGCGAGUACUUCCUGAAGGUGCUGAUCCCCAGCUAUGCAGCGGGCUCUAUAAUUGGCAAAGGUGGCCAGACCAUCGUACAACUGCAGAAAGAGACGGGUGCCACCAUUAAGCUGUCCAAAUCCAAAGACUUCUACCCAGGAACAACAGAACGAGUCUGUCUGAUCCAGGGCACGGUCGAAGCCCUCAAUGGCGUUCACAACUUCAUCGCAGAGAAAGUGCGGGAGAUGCCCCAGAGUGCCCAGAAACCUGAGCCCGUCAGUAUACUCCAGCCCCAAACUACAGUCAACCCUGAUCGCGUCAAACAGGCUAAAUUGAUAGUGCCCAACAGUACUGCUGGCCUCAUCAUUGGCAAAGGUGGGGCUACGGUCAAAGCAGUGAUGGAGCAGUCAGGAGCCUGGGUGCAGCUGUCCCAGAAGCCAGAGGGUAUCAACCUCCAGGAGCGAGUGGUGACCAUCAGUGGAGAGCCUGAGCAGAACCGCAAAGCUGUUGAAAUCAUUGUACAGAAGAUCCAAGAAGACCCACAGAGCAGCAGCUGCCUCAACAUCAGCUACUCUAAUGUAUCCGGUCCCGUGGCAAACUCCAACCCCACAGGCUCCCCCUACGCCAACACGGCCGAGGUCCUGCCCAAUGCUGCUGCGGCAGCCGCCACUGCCUCCAGUCUCCUGGGCCAGGCCGGUUUGACCGGGAUGGGCGCCUUCCCUGCCGCUAUGUCCAGUUUUUCUGGUAAUGACCUCCUGGCCAUCACAUCUGCCCUCAACACCCUGGCCAGCUAUGGCUACAACACCAACACCCUGGGCCUCGGCCUCAACCCUGCAGCUGCCUCAGGCGUCCUGGCAGCGGUAGCAGCCAGCGCUAACCCUGCAGCUGCUGCAGCAGCUAAUCUGUUAGCUUCCUAUGCUAGUGACGCGUCCAGCAGUGCAGGCCACCACGCCACAGGUCUUGGGGGCUUCUCCCUGGGCUCUCUUGCUGCUGCUACUGGGGCUUCCAAUGGGUAUCUCAACGCCUCAUCACCACUGAUGGCCUCAUCCCUGCUGGCCACAGAGAAGCUCGCUGACGGGGCCAAGGACGUGGUAGAGAUUGCUGUUCCUGAGAAUCUGGUCGGUGCAAUUUUGGGUAAAGGAGGGAAAACACUAGUGGAGUACCAAGAGCUUACAGGAGCUCGUAUUCAGAUCUCCAAAAAAGGGGAAUUCAUUCCUGGUACUCGGAACCGUAAAGUUACCAUUACAGGGUCGCCCGCGGCAACACAAGCAGCGCAGUAUCUGAUCAGCCAGAGGAUCACGUACGAGCAGGGCGUACGCGCUACAAACCCACAGAAGGUGGGCUAA